GAUUUCAAGCACGUUGGCCAGUUGAAGGUUGAAAAGCCAAGCUUGAUGAUUGCGUUCACGUGCAAAAAGUGCGAUACCCGUUCGUCGCAUGUGAUGUCAAAGCAGUCGUACACCAGCGGCACUGUGCUCAUUCAGUGUCCCCAGUGCAAGGUCAGACACUUGAUCGCAGACCACUUAAAGAUCUUUAGCGACAAGAAAAUCACCAUUGAGGAUAUCUUGAGUGCCAAGGGCGAAAGCGCGUCACUGACUCCGGACGAUUUGGCGUUUGAGGACAUCCCGAAGAAGUUGCAGGCGUUGAUUGGGCACCAUGCGAAGGACGCUCCAAAA